UUUGAAUGCAGGACCUAACGUUAACCCGCAUGAGAAGGUUAAAAAUUCGAUGAGUAUGCGAACUAGACUGACACCAUCUUGACGGUGUAACCAUCUUGAGCUAGCAGUAAAUGACGCGUUUCUUACACUACACUGAUUUUCACAAUGACUACAGCAGCUCGCCCGACUUUUGAUCCAGCCCGUGGAGGGAAGGGUAAAGGUGAGAGUGGAGACCUGAGCGCCCUGUCUAAACAGUACUCUAGCAGAGACCUGCCUGGACAUACACGCCUGAAAUACAGACAAGAAGGUCAAGGAACCACAGAUGAAGUUCGCAACCGUGACUUUAGACGAGAGCUGGAAGAUAGAGAGAGGGCCAACAGAGAGAAGAGGGGGGACAGAAACAGAGACUCUUCAAGCAAGCGUCCCCGCCUGGAACAAAUCUCAGCCUCAAAUCUGGAUGCAGAUGAUCCUCUGGAUGACGAUGAUGAGGAGGAUGAGGACGACAGCUCGGAUGAUGAGGAUGACACUGCUGAACUCCUGGCUGAGCUCAACAAGAUCAAGAAAGAGAGGCAAAGAGAGAAGGCAAAAUUAGACGCCGAGAAGAAAGUUGAAGAUGAGCGUAUCCGUACAGAGAUUAUCCUCAAGGGAAACCCCCUCCUCAACCAGGACAAAACACAGACUGACUUCAAAGUAAAACGAAGAUGGGACGAUGAUGUGGUGUUCAAGAACUGUGCCAAAGGAGGGGAGAGUAAAUCACUGUUUAUAAAUGACACGCUCAGAUCUGAGUUCCACAGAAAGUUCAUGGAGAAAUAUGUCAAAUAAGUGGAAUCAUUCUGGAACCUGACUUAUUAGUCAUUGAAGGACAACCUGAAAGUGAUUUUACCAAAUUUAAACGGAAAACAUUUAUUUGUGAAGCAUGUAUUUAAGUACUAGUAAUUUUUUUUACAUAAGUAUGACAUGGUGGUAAACAGGUCUGGUGUCUUAUAAUUACAACUUAUUACCUCCCUUUCAAUGCGAGGCUUGUUUUACUAAUACUGCUUAAGUUUUCUGGAUCUAUUUAAAAAAUUAAGAGUUUAAGUGAAUAUUAUAAUAGGGUAUGGUGGUUUCCUCCACUGUGGUGGUUCUAAAAUCACACCUUGAAGUACAUGCUUCAACAUAAUUCAUGCCAACCUUUUCUAUGAAUGGUUGUACUCGUAGUAUUUGGAGUUGAAUUAAUUAUUGUAUAUUCUUAUUAUUGUUAAAUAAUUUGAAUACAAGGGAUCAUAUUUCAUAAAUUUAUUGAGGUUAACAUUAUUAAUAGUUUCACUUCCAUUCCAAAUUUGAUUAGUUUAAAACUACAUCUGAUUUUUUUUAAUCCAGUAACACUGUAGUGAAUAGUGGUUAUAUUAUGUUAAUAAUAAUUGAGCUCUGUCGCUGCAAAAUUUAGUUGUGAAAUUUGUUAAAAAUGAUAUUUCAAUGCUAGGGAAAAUAUUUUAAUAAAAAGAGCCUUUGUUCAUAGAUGUUUGUAAUAAUCAAAAAGAUUUUACUAACCUUACUAUAAUAUAUGGAGUAAUUUAAAUACUAAAAUAAUUAUAACAUAGGAAAAGAGAUGAGUGUGACAAUUUGCUUCCUGUGGGAUUCUACUUCAGGAGGUUUGCAGGCAACUCUAAUGGGCUCUUUAUGCUUUAGAACAUAUUUUAUACUCUAUGUUAUAUAUAGGCACAUUUUCAAAAUAUUUAUGGAAAGCAUUAUCAAUAUAUUUAUUUAUUGUGCUUAAUUAGCAUCUAUAAACAAAACGAUUUUCAAUAUAUUUUUCUUAGAAGUGUUAUACGGCUGGGUUUAAUUUUGUAUAAAAUAAAUUAGUUUUUGAAUGUGUAACUUCUUUUUUUUUCAUAAAUAACAAUUGUGCAAAUAAAUGAACAAUUACCUUUCUAAUUUUUCUGGAAUAUGACCCCUCAUUGCGAUUUUAAAAUGCGAAUAUGUAUGAAAAAUGUUUCAUGUCUGGAUAACAAUAUAUGUCCUGUCAUUCAUUUAUAACAUAUAUUUCCUGUCAUUUAUUGUGUACAAAUACAUUUCCUGUAAUUUA